AUGGCGCACGUGCAUGCAAAUGCGCAGCCCACUGGGGCGGACGCGGAACAAAUGAGACUGCCUUAUCUCCUAAACCGAAAGGGACAGUUGGUCGAGAUCCGGCCGAAAGGAUCGCUCGUCAUCAUGACAGGUCCAAAUGCAACGGAGACUCGGAGGAGGCAGCACGCUGACGCACAAAAGUCUCAACGGGAUCGGAUGAAAGUAGCGCUGGGUCAAAUAGAGCGGAUAAUGAGGAUGGGAGGCGCGGGAACGAAAGGCACCAAGGCAGAACUGCUUGAGACGGCGGUGGAGUACAUCCAAUACCUCCAGAAACAGGUCGAGGAACUGAGAGAGCUGGGUUACGGUGGCCACGCGACAACCGAGGUCGAUGUCCAGAGGUGCGCCAGAUGUCAGGAUUAG